AUGUCCACUAUUGCCGAGCAAUUUCCUGAUGAUCAUCUAAACAUCCGACACAUUUACAAUUGCCGGAAUGACUUCAGGAUGGAGAUGUUCGAAGGAAGAGGAGUAGUUCAGCAAUUUCUUCAUCAGGCGAGAGAGAGUAAAUACAUUUACUGGGUCACGAACGAUGAUCACAACAUUUUGCAACAUGCAUUUAUGGUGCACCCGAUCAUGGUCAACAUACUCCGCACAUACCCACAUGUCAUAGGUAUGGAUUCUACUUACAAGACCAAUCGAUAUAACAUUCCUUUCUUUGAGGUAGUAGGUGUGACACCGACAAACCAGAAUUUUCUAGUUGGAUAUGUUUUCAUGCGCGACGAGUGCACGGCUAGCUAUCGGUGGGUGUUGCAGAGAUUCAGGGAGUUUAUUGGGUUUGAUAAAGAGCCAUCUAUAUUUAUUUCAGACCGUGAUCUUGGGCUAUGUGUGGCUUUGAGAGAAGUCUUUCCAGGGACGUCACAUUUACUCUAUAUAUGGCACAUCAACAGAGAUGUGGAGGCUAAGGUGACGAAGAUGUUCGGAAACAAGAAGGUUGGUGUCAGUUUUAGAAAUGGGAAAUGGUUCAAAAUCGUGAAUGCAACAACACAGGCGGAGUAUGAUUAUGCUCUAGCUACCAUGCAAGUGAGGUGGGGAAAAUAUCCGGCAGUGAUUCAGUAUGUUCAGAGAACAUGGCUUUGUCAUAAGGAGAAAUUUGUGAAAUAUUGGACGAACCAGGUUCUUCACUUUGGUAACACCACCAACUGCAGAGUUGAGAGCCAACAUUCAGCAGUGAAAACUUGGUUUGAAUCAUCCACAGGUUCUUUGGAUACCGUAUGGGCCCGAGUCCAUUGUCAUAUCGGUAAUCGAAUCAUACAAAUUCGUAAUGAGUUGGAGGCAUCAAGGUCUAAAAUUGGUCAGAUGUACAGACAGUUGCCACUGUCACAUAUAAAUGACAAAGUGUCUCAACAUUGCUUGAAAGAACUGCAUAACAAGACGAAAAGGAUGCGGGAUUUGAGUUACCAGGUCCAUGAACGUUGUGGAUGUGCUAUGCGUGUGACCCAUGGUCUUCCAUGUGCUUGCCAGAUACAUGAUUCGAUAGUUGCACAGUCAGGAUUGUAUAGCAACCAAAUUCAUUCUUUCUGGAAGACACUGGUUAUUGGUGAUGGUGUUAACAUUCCUGAAGUGGUUAAUGAUUCGACCGAGGAGACUGCACAUUGUCGAUCCCUAAUUGAUGAAGUCAUGGAAAGUGACCCGGCCGUACAUCGAAAUGUAACGCGAAUCAUUGAAGAGGAGCUACAUCCAGAUCAUACACACCUUGAAGAACCACAUGUCAACCUCAACACUCGUGGUCGACCGAGGAACAAUGACACCAGGCGUGAUCGAAGUUAUUUCGAGCAUGUGAACCGUCAACACACUCAACGUGGUGGUGACCCAGAACCAGAUCCAAGUGACAUUAGUCAAUGCAGUACCUAUAAUUCCCUACACAUUUCGUCUUGGAAGGAUGUCAUUGGUGAUGGGAACUGUGGCUUUUGUUGUGUCGCCGACUUCUUCUUUGGCGAUCAGGCGCUGUGUUUUGACGCUCGGGAAACAAUAGCGAACAAGAUCGCCGGCCAUCCUGAUUUGUACGAACGGAUUUACGGGCUUGGACGACUUUGGAUGAACGUAGAUCGUAUUCGGUGGGAUGGUGGGGCUGUCGGGGAGCGGCAUUGGAUGGUUACAAUUCAAGAUUUAUUUCCUAUUGCUACGUGGUUCAACGCAAGGGUGAUUUAUCUCGGGGUAGGCCUAGUACCAACUUGCUACUACCCAUGCAUCACAGUCUUACCGCUGAGGGCACGCAACGGGGUUCAGACACCGACUCGAGAGUUUGUGAUUGCUACAGUUGGUGGAUCACAUUUCAUCCGUCUUGACCUUGUACCUGAUUCACCUCUCCCGCCGAUUGCCGGUUGGUGGACUGAACACCACGAGGAUAGUGUUAAUGGAUGGUAUCAACAAUAUGAAUUUAGAAGGGACAUGUGGGAUGCAUUAGUUAGGUAG